UUAGGCGCCGCUCGUAAAACGUUGCGCGAAGUCAACUCCAGGCAUGGAGGAAGUCAGUUGCAGCGGGCGGAGCAAGCACAAGCUGUUAAACGUAAACGUGGAACAAGGAGUUGCAGCUGGAUCUGACGGCCAGAGGAUUAAUACGUCGGAACCCGAAAGCACUUGGGAGAUAGCACACAUAAAGGCAUCAGCGUCCUCUUCCUGAUCGUGAGGGGGAUAGACUUCUAACCAGCAUGGAUGAACAAGACGUGUACAUCAGCAUGGAUAAGCCGGACUUGUACAACCUCGGGUGUGCUCCCCUGACGGUGCUGGCCGCCAAACAGGUUGACGAGCUGUGGUCGGUCCUUACGUGGCCGAGGCAGCCACUGCCCGUGCUCGACGUUGGCUGCGGGCCCGGUGACGUCGCAAGGAAGGUUUUAGCCCCGCGGCUGCCACCGGGUACGAAGCUGGUGGCUUGCGACAUCAGCCCAGAGAUGCUGGAGUUCUGCAGGCAGCACAACGCGCUGCCAGGCACCAUCACGUACGAGCAGCUGGACGUGGUUCAGCCCGACCUGGAGAACUCCGCCGUGUGGCAGUACGCGCCCUUCGGCAAGGUGUUCUGUUUGCUGCUGCUGCAUUGGGUGCCUGACAACAGGCGCGCUGUCCAGAACAUCCACAAGCUGUUGGUGCCUGGAGGAGAGGUUGUCUUCAGCGUAAUAGCUAACAUGGUGUUUUACACAGCGUUUGAAGAAAUGGCGAAAGACUCGCGUUGGGCACGGUACAUGCAGGACGUGGAGCAGUUCGUAUCUCCGUACCAGCACAGUGAGGACCCAGUGAGCGACUUCCGCCGGCUGCUGCAGAGCGAGGGCUACCAGGUGCUGCACUGUGACGUGGCGCCGCAGGUGCUCUUCUUCCCGAGUGAGAUGCAGCGUAGAGAUUUUAUCAAGUCAGUAUGUCCAUUCCUGAACCGCGUUCCGGAAGACCAGAAGAAUAAUUUCUUAGAUGAUUGGAUACAGCGUUCGGAGAAACUGAAUGGAUUAUCGAAGGAUGUUGGAAGCAGCGAAAAGCCGAAAUACUACACCCACUUUAACAUAAUGGUGGCUGUGGCCAGAAAAUUAUAACUGGGAGUUUUGCACCAUCGCUUGAACAAGAAACUAUGUUUAAUGGCAGAAAUCAUAAUCUACGUUGGAUUCCCCAGCUAGUCUUUUGUUAAUAGAGAAUUAAACUAUAGAUAUUUAUAUGUACUUAUCUUCCUGUAAACUAUGUGUUAGGAGAAGCCUCUCAGAUGUAAAUGACAUUAUACGAGAGUCCUCUUCUGGAUAGUUUUGAUGAUACUCCUGUCAAAUAUAUUCCAACUGUGCUAAU